GGAGGCUUUAAAGCCGGAGCUCGGCGCUGCCGGGGCAGAGUCCCGGACCUCGGCGACCCCCGGGGAUCCGUGCGCGCAGCCGGCCGCCUCAGGUGUUUGAACCAUGAAUCUUUUACUCCUCCUUGCUGCCCUCUGCUUGGGAACAACCUUAGCCACUCCAAAAUUUGAUCAAACUCUUACUGCAGAGUGGCACCAAUGGAAGUCCACACACAGAAGACUGUAUGGCACGAAUGAGGAAGAAUGGAGGAGAGCCGUGUGGGAGAAGAACAUGAGAAUGAUCCGGCUUCACAACGGGGAAUACAGUGAGGGGAAGCACGGCUUCACCAUGCAGAUGAACGCCUUCGGUGACAUGACCAAUGAGGAGUUCAGGCAGGUGGUGAAUGGCUAUCAGCACCAGAAGCACAAGAAGGGGAAGAUGUUUCAAGAACCUCUGCUGUUUCGGGCCCCCAAGUCUGUGGACUGGAGAGAAAAAGGUUGUGUGACUCCUGUGAAAAAUCAGGGCCAAUGUGGUUCCUGUUGGGCUUUUAGCGCAACGGGGUGCCUAGAAGGACAGAUGUUCCUUAAGACUGGUCAACUGAUCUCCCUGAGUGAACAGAACCUUGUGGACUGUUCUCGCCCUCAAGGCAAUCAGGGCUGCAAUGGUGGCCUGAUGGAUUAUGCUUACCAGUAUAUUAAGGAAAAUGGAGGUCUGGACUCAGGGGACUCCUAUCCCUAUGAAGCAAAGGAUGGAUCCUGUAAAUACAAACCUGAGUUUGCUGUGGCUAAUGACACAGGAUUCGUGGAUAUCCCUCAAGAAGAGAGGGCCCUCAUGAAGGCUGUGGCAACCGUGGGGCCUAUUUCGGCCGCAAUGGAUGCAAGCCACCCAACUAUGCAGUUCUAUAAAUCUGGUAUCUACUAUGAACCCAACUGUAGCAGCAAGGACCUGGACCACGGGGUUCUGGUGGUUGGCUAUGGAUUUGAAGGAACAGAUUCAAAUAAGAAUAAAUUUUGGCUUGUCAAGAACAGCUGGGGCCCUGAAUGGGGUAUGGAAGGCUACAUCCAAAUAGCCAAAGACAGGAACAACCACUGUGGACUUGCCACUGCAGCCAGCUACCCUAGCGUGAAGUGAUGAGCAGUGGUAGUUAAGGACUUAUGGACACUACAUUUAAAGCAUUUAUCUUAAAACUGACCAAACCCUUGUGAGUGAGACCAUAGUACUUGAAUCAUUGAAGGUCCAAGUCAUGAUCUGAAUUCUAUGACAUUUUUACAUAGGUUAAAUGUUACCACUACUUAAAACUCCUGUUAUAAACAGCUUUAUAAUAUUGAACACUCAUUGCUUAAUUCUAAGUCUGGAAUAUUUGUUUUAUAAAGGAUGUAUAAAGCUUUCUUUACCUUUUAAAAAUAAAUUUUUGUUGAGUUGUA